GCGGCCUGAGGGCGCGGCCGGCCCGGAGCCCCGGCGCGGCCGAGAAGCUGUGCAGGGAGGCAAAGCCCGCUCCUACCCGCCGGCGCCGCCUGAGGUUGGGGCCAGAGGCCGGCGCGGCCGCCAAACCGCGCCGCCAGCCCGAAACCUCGCCCCGCUCCCAGCCCCUGCGGAGCUGCGGGGGGUGGCGGGGCCGCCCGCGCCCCACGGCCCGGCGCAUUGUGGGGCUUGUCGUUUGCGCCAGUGGGCGGACGGGCAGCCCCUCCGCGACGCGCGGCGAGCCGGGGGCUGUAGUUCUGGGGCGGGAGCCGGGCGGAAGCCAUCAGCGUUGCUCCUCAGUCGCCGCUUUAUUACAUACGGGCAGUCGCCCGUCGGCCUCGGGCGGCGGCGGGAAGGAGGAGCGUCGGAGUGAAGCGCGGGGCGGAUGGUGCCUUACAUUGAGUGUCCUGUAGAUAUGUCCUUCUACUGAUCAGUACUAGCCCAGAUAAAAUAAGCAUGUCAUCAUAUGGCAACAGAUCUUGGGUAUGAACCAGUCUACAAAAUAAAGGGACGGUGCACAAUCUGACUACAGAAUGCUAUUUCCAAAGAAGUGAACUGUGAAGAAAGGACUCAUGAAUUUUGAUCGCAGGGGCUUGGAGAGCAUCUCUGAUGUCUGCUCCAGUGAGGACCUUGCUGAGGUAGAGUUGGUGAGCAUGCUAGAAGAGCAGUUGCCAGAUUACAAGUUACGAGUGGAUUCUCUGUAUCUGUAUGAAAAUCAAGACUGGAUUCAGACCCCUGCAUGCCAUGGCCACCUGCCUGAAAUCACUUCUCCUGUUCGUGAUGAGGAGCCCUUCCGUUACAUGAUUCUCGGCACGGAUAAUGUGGAGCAGAAAACCUACAGUGAUGCUGAUAUGGUCAAACAUGUGUUAGCUGAGAAAGAUCGGGACCUGGAACUCGCAGCUCGAAUUGGACAAGCACUCCUUAAGCGAAAUCAUCUAUUGACAGAACAGAAUGAAGCUCUAGAAGAACAGUUAGGACAAACUCUGGAUCGAGUUAACCAGCUGCAGCAUGAAUUGUCAAAGAAGGAUGACCUGCUCCGUGUUGUUUCCAUUGCUUCUGAAGAGAGUGAAACCGAUUCCAGCUGUUCCACACCACUUCGUUUCAAUGAGUCUUUCAGUGUAUCCCAUGGUCUGUUGCAGCUGGAUGUCUUGCAAGAUAAACUCAGAGAGCUGGAAGAGGAGAACCUUGCUCUCAGAUCAAAGGCUUGCCAUCUGAAGACAGAAACCAUUACGUAUGAAGAGAAGGAACAGCAGCUGGUGAAUAAUUGUGUGCAAGAACUCCGGCAAACAAAUGCACAAAUUUCCAGAAUAACAGAGGAGUUGUCAGAGAAGAGUGAGGAGUUGGUUCGCUACCAAGAAGAGAUUUCAUCGCUUUUGUCUCAGAUUGUUGAUCUUCAACAUAAACUCAAAGAACAUGUGAUUGAAAAGGAGGAGCUGAAACUUCACUUGCAAGCUUCCAAAGAUGCUCAGAGACAACUGACAGCAGAGCUACAUGAGUUGCAGGAUCGGAAUGCAGAGUGUCUAGGGAUGUUGCAUGAAUCACAAGAAGAAGUGAAGUUGCUGCGCAGCAGAGCCAGCGCUGUUGCGUGUCUCUGCCACCCCCAGUCACGUGGAGCCUUUCCUGUGGAUUCUCUUGCAGCAGAAAUUGAAGGGACAAUGCGGAAGGAAUUGAGUCAGGGUGACGAAUCUGUUCUCUCCAAGCAAAAAGGUCAACAGAAACGAGUAUUUGACACUGUCAAGGUUGCCAACGUCACUCGUGGCCGCUCCUCUUCCUUUCCUGCCCCAUUGCCGAUCCCUGGGUCUAAUCGGUCAAGUGUUGUUAUGACAGCAAAGCCCUUCCAGUCUGGCGUACACCCAGUGGGGAGCCACAUGCUGAUGACCCAGGAGAGCGCCUCUGACAAGAACUUGAAAGACACUCACCAUCCUGGGCAACCGGGAACCCCUGGAAACAAUGACUUAUUCACAGCUCUGCACAGGCUCUCCCUCCGGCGCCAAAACUACCUGAGUGAAAAGCAGUUCUUUGAGGAGGAAUGGGAGCGAAAAAUGCAUCUGCUGGCUGAGCAGAAGGACGAGGCUAGUGGCUGUAGUACACCCACAGAGAGCUGUUUCUCCCUGGGCACAAACUCAGAAUUCACUGAUCUCUCUGGCAGCUCCAGCAAUCUGCGUGUCCUCCUGCCAGAGAAAUUACAAAUUGUCAAACCCAUUGAAGGAUCUCAGACCCUUUUUCACUGGCAGCAGCUUGCUCGACCCAACCUAGGCACCAUUCUUGAUCCAAGGCCAGGUGUUGUUACAAAAGGCUUUACCCCUCUGUCUGAUGAUACUGUGUACCACAUCUCUGACUUGGAGGAGGAUGAGGAAGAAGAAAGUGAAGGAGGUAUAACAUUUCAAGUGCAACAGGCCAUCUCAGAGGAAAAGAAAUGUGUGGUGGCAAAGCCAGUGGCUGGGAUUUUCCUGACACCUGUUACUUCAGCAGCAGCUCCGCCCACUGCCUCAAAUCCAGGGAAGUGUCUGUCUUCCACAAAUUCCACAUUUACCUUUACUACCUGUAGGAUCCUUCACCCAUCUGACGUCACUCAAGUUACUCCCAGCUCCAUGGAUGCCCCACUUUCACUUGGAAAUACUGGCAGCAGUAUUGGGAACUCAGCAAGCACUCCAGCCAUUUCUUACAGGCUUAGUAUUGGAGAAUUUCUUACCAACAGAAGAGAUUCAACUACUACUUUCAGCAGCACAAGCAGCCUGGCUAAACUUCUGCAAGAGCGAGGCAUCUCUGCCAAGGUUUAUGAUAGCCCUGUAUUAGAAAAACUGCCUUUGCUACAGCCCCCUCAGACUCUCUCCAUUCCUUCCACUCCACCCAACUCUCCCUCACAUUCACCUUGUCCCUCCCCUCCACUCUUUGAGCCUCGAGUGCAUUACUCAGAAAAUUUUCUGGCUUCUCGACCAACAGAAACAUUCUUGCAAGAAAUGUAUGGGCUGAAGCCCUCCCGUAACCCUCCAGACAUUGGGCAGCUGAAGGUGAACCUGGUGGACAGGCUGAAAAGGCUGGGCAUUGCCAGGGUGAUCAAGGCCCCAGAGACACAGGACCCUGGGAAGAAUCGAGGGCCAGAGCUUGGCUUGCGGAGGCAGGACUCGACCGUGUUCUUAAAUGCAGGUAGCAACUUAAUGGCAGGACUGAGAAGAAACCAGAGUCUUCCAGCCAUGAUUGGAGCUUUGGGAGCUCCAGUUUGCACACAGUCAUCAAAAAUGGAUGUCCUAAAGGAGAACUGACUGGUCUGAGAAAUUAUAGACUUCUAGCAUGGUAAAUAAUACAUGAAGGAUAAGCAUCCAGUAGGGGCAUUGUUAGAUGUGUUACAGAAGAGUUGAAGAAGGCAUGUGCAUGUUAGAGGUGUGGGAGAGAGAAGUGUUGGGAUCAAGCAGAAUGUUGCUUGGGCUUGAAGAGGAAGGCUUUUAUGAAUGACAAGAAAACCAAAACCAAAGUUUAGUUUAGAGAUCCCCUUCAGCAUCUGUCUUAAGCAACACUAAAAGGCCAUUGUAAACAUUGUCAGUAUUUUAACCUUUUAAACUGUAUGCAUAGAAUGGUCUUGCAGGUGCUGUUUGAGAUUUCAUUUCUCCUUGAUUUCCCACUGUGUGACCAUAGUAUUUACUAGUUGUUAGCAGACAGGCCAAGUCAUUUAAAUAUAGUAGUAAAAUAAGUCUGACCAGCACACCAAGUUCCAAGUUCCUCCCUGUAGCAAACAAAUAUGAAAACUUGGAUUAUUUUUUUUUAUUAUUCUUGUAUUUUACAUUUCAGAAACUGUACUCUUUUGAACUCCUCACCACUUUGAGAAGCAGGGGAGAGAACCUAUAGCUCUGUGUAAGAAGGCAAUACUUCUGUUUACAAGCACAGAAACUGGUGGUCGGGAUUUAUAUUUUGGAAGAGUGCAAUUGUAUUAGUGAGGUAUUAACAGAAGGUUAAAUUAUUUCCAAUGCUUCUGAAGCACACAGAGGAAGGUGCAAUGAAGAUUUAGAGAGCAGGAAAUUAGGUAUUAGAGUGAAAAUUUGAAAUUAAGAAAUCUCUCUUGUGUUGUGCAUCUCUUUAAAUGAGGGUAUUUUUGCACACACACAGACAAAAGUCUCAGGCAUGUUUCAGUGUUGCAAAAGGUAGUGAAACCCAGGUGUUUGAUUUGGGCUUCGUUUUCAUUAGGCAUAGCAGAGAGCAUUUACUUCAAAACAAGUGUUGGAAGUCCAAUGACAUGACUUUUCUUGACAUGUGGCCAUGCAUGUUUGAGAGCCCUGCAGAAAACAUCAUGCCCUUCAUUCAUGUAUUUCUGAUUUUAGGCAGGAUUUUGUUUAACAGAUUUCAUUAAGACCAAAAUUUACCCUCUAGCUUUCAUCUUCCAGUUCUAAAUAUAAUGUUCAUAGUAGCAUUUUAAUGAACAUAAAUCAGUCUUGUCUAUGUUGAAAUCCUGUGUUUGGUGAUGAGAGUGGUUCUGAAUCUGAUUCUAAACCUGAUUCUAAACAAAGCUGAAGCAGGCUUUCUGUCUCAAAAGAGAAGUCCAUUUUAGAAAUCUGAUUUCUGAAUGGUAAUCAUCAAAGUAUUACUGCCUGUGCUGCUUUUUUGAGUCUUUCUUGUCCAAGGAAUGAUCAACUAUAAGUUUAUAGUGUAACUUAGAAGAAAAAGUUUGCCUAAAAUUCCUCAGGCGAAUGAAUCUUUGCUGGCGACCUGAAGGGAAACAGGUUCUUAACCUUUACGUAAUUUUUCACUGUACCUGUCAACAGUUUAAAAUUCAAGUCUAGUUUCCAUGCAAUUAGAUACCCCCAAAGUAAACUUGGGUUGGUUUUACAGUGUGUGUGUGCUAGUUGGUGCCAGGUGUGAAGCAGGUGCUGAUUUGCAUUUGCCCUUAGGCACAUGGUAACCAGCACCCUGGUUGCUGCAGGACUGAGUGGAGUAGGGCAGGAAGAGAAAGUUUCUUACCCUGGUUUAUAGGAAAUGGGUCACGUGGCCUUUCUGCUUUUACAGUGCUAGAGCUCUGGUGAUGACUCUUUGCUAUAACAGUCUUCUUUGGUAAAAGGGAGGAGUAACCACUUCGAACUUGCACAGGGAUUCUUAGCAGAAACUUGUCUGUCAGCAGCGCACAGAAAAUUCAGGAACUCCUGGAGUUGCCUUUUGCUCUCUAAGCAAAACCUUAUACAUAUUAAAGGUGGAUUUUAUUUAAAAUACUAUGUACGGGUUAAUUUUGGUUUUUAAACACAAAAUAUUUGAUUUCUUUUUGUAAGUAUUUCUGUUUGUAUGUACUGAGCUGUGCGUGGAGCCUCACCUAGCUGAGGUAAGAGUGAAGGGAAGGAGACAUUUCUGCCGUCCAGUGAACCGAGACAGGUAUGUCUGCUCUGUCUUUGUAACUUCUAGGGAAACAACAGGAAUGAGUUAACAAAAGUUUGGUGUCAACUGAGAAGCGUGUGGUGUGUCAAAAGUAUGUCCAUUUGUUGUGUGUUUACAUCUAAACUUUUACAGGUGUGACACUUUCUAAGUAGCUUCAUUAGCUAACUACUGCCAUUGGAGCAUUCUGUGUGUUAGCAGCACAAGUACUGAACCAGCAAACCCAGAAUUCCUUUGGCAGAGCAGAUUUCAGUUAAAAUUAAUCUAAAAGCACAUUAAUUAAAUGCAUGUUUCUCUUUGGGAUGCUUUCAUGUCUAUAACCUAACAAUACCAACUGGUUCAGUUCAAACAGUCCUGUGGAGACGUUUUGAUGCUGGGUUGUGUUCCGCUGUCAGAUGGGGUUUCCUCUGCUCUGUUAACAAGGCAAGAAGGGGAGGGAGGACCCUGUGCCCUGAGGGGGUGUGUGUGGCCUUGUGGCUGGUGCUGUGGGGCGGUGCUGGCCCUGGGGAGGGCCCUGUGCCCUUUGCACAGAUGUACCCAGCACACAGCCACGGGGAAAACUGCUAUUUCUUCCAAGUUUACUGUUUUGUGCCAAAACCUAGAAGAUAAGCUUUUUUGUAAUAACAGGCAUGGUUCUGAGAACAUAUUAAAAGUUGCCAUCAUUCCAGGUACUGAUUUGGCUUCUGCUGCCCCCUGUAAGAGGAAACAAACUUGCAUGACUGAGGUAGCUGAGAUCCCACAUAAGAUCUUUUGAUCCUCCACAAGUGUGAUAUAGUUGAGAGGAAGGUAGAACUAGAAGGAACAGAGAAUUGUAUUUCAGAAGGGUCAUCUUGCAGGUUUGAGACAAAAACAGAUGCUAGAAAGGACGGACUUAGUCCUGCUUGUGAAAGUUUCAAGGGACAGGAGGGAAUUCUUGUAGUAUUUAUCUUUACUUGGGUUGGCUUAAACCAAGCACAAACUGAAAGCUUUCCAGUUUCACUGUUUUUGAUAAACACAAAUAAUGUCUGCAUACUCAAACUACGUGUGGUCAAAGGUAAAGGGCUACUGCAGUCCAGCAGCAGCAGAGAAUACAAGGUUUAGGCCUCCUUUGGCUGUUACAUGAAGGGAUCACACACAAUGUUUGAAGGGUUUGGGAACACCAUCUUUUUUUUUUCAUCUGCUUUUUGCACUUACUGUUGUUUCAUAGUGGGAUGUAAAUUUGAUAAUAAACAUGUAUAACAUGCCCUUUUUCAGUAUAUUGGUGAUCUUGUGUGGUUUGUUCUAAGUGUAAUCUUCUGUACUACAGUGUUCUACAAUAAACCUUAGAAUUAGGCCUCUUUGGGCUAAAAUUUA